AUGGUAUUGUUUUCCAACAACACAGUGACCCAGGUGACUGAAUUCCUAAUGAUCUGCUUCCCAGGGAUGCAGGACGCACAGCACUGGCUGUCUAUACCUCUAGCUCCUCUCCUGGUUUUGGCUCUUGGGGCCAACUUUGUGUUAUUACUUGCCAUCCGGCAGGAGGCCUCUCUGCAUGAGCCCAUGUACUACCUGCUUGCCAUCCUCUCCAUGCUGGAUGUCAUCCUCUGCCUCACAGUCAUCCCCAAGGUCCUGCUCAUCUUCUGGUUCAACAUGAAACCCAUCAGCUUUGCGGGCUGCUUCCUUCAGAUGUUCAUCAUGAAUACCUUCCUACCCAUGGAGUCCUCCACCUUCCUUGUUAUGGCCUAUGACCGCUAUGUGGCCAUUUGCCACCCACUUCGCUACCCCUCCAUCAUCACUGAACAGUUUGUCAUUAAUGCAGUUGUCUUUAUUGUCUUUCGCAAUCUGUUGGCCACACUGCCCACCCCAGUUCUGGCUGCCAGGCUUAACUACUGUGCCAGCAAUGUGGUGGAGAACUGUAUUUGUGCUAACAUUUCUGUAGCAAGGCUAUCCUGUGGGGAUAUUCACCUAAAUAAGCUCUAUCAGUUUGUGAGUGUCUGGUGCCUGUUGGGGUCUGACCUGGUGCUCAUUUUGCUAUCCUACUGCUUCAUCCUGAGAGCUGUGAUGGGUCUGCAGUCAAGGGGUGCAGCCACCAAAGCCUUGAGUACUUGUGGUUCCCAUCUCAUCCUUAUACUUUUCUUCUACACGUUGCUUCUAGUCUUCAUUUUCACAAACAAAGCAGGAAAGAAAGUGCCCUCAGAAGUGCCCAUUCUCCUCAAUGUCCUGCACCACCUCAUCCCACCAGCUCUCAAUCCCAUAGUUUAUGGGGUACGGACCCAGGAAAUCAAGCAGGGGAUUAUCAAGCUUCUCAAAUACCAGCGCUGA